CUUGUUGUCCAACUUCUCUCGGAGCGGCCGGAGAGCAGGCGACGGGACGCAGCCGAGAGGAGACCCCAGAGUCGCGAGGAGCGAGAACCCUGACCCCUAAUCCCACUGCAUCCAUCCAAUAGGAGCCCAGUAAGUGACCCCACCCCCCCCAGGCUGCGGCCUCCUUCCUGUGCAGGCCACCAUGGCGGAGCUGCAGGAGGUGCAGAUCACUGAGGAGAAGCCACUGUUGCCAGGACAGACACCAGAAACGGCCAAGGAGGCUGAGUUAGCUGCCCGAAUCCUCUUGGACCAGGGACAGACUCACUCUGUGGAGACACCUUAUGGCUCUGUCACGUUUACUGUCUAUGGCACCCCCAAGCCCAAACGCCCAGCGAUACUCACCUACCACGAUGUGGGACUCAACUAUAAAUCUUGCUUCCAGCCACUGUUUCAAUUUGGGGAUAUGCAGGAAAUCAUUCAGAACUUCGUGCGUGUUCAUGUGGAUGCCCCCGGAAUGGAAGAGGGGGCUCCUGUGUUCCCUUUGGGGUAUCAGUACCCAUCUCUGGACCAGCUUGCAGACAUGAUCCCUUGCAUCCUGCAGUACUUAAAUUUCUCUACAAUAAUUGGAGUUGGUGUUGGAGCUGGAGCAUACAUCCUGUCGAGAUAUGCUCUUAACCAUCCGGACACAGUUGAAGGUCUUGUCCUCAUCAACAUUGAUCCCAAUGCCAAGGGUUGGAUGGAUUGGGCAGCCCACAAGCUAACGGGCCUCACUUCUUCCAUUCCGGAGAUGAUCCUCGGACAUCUUUUCAGCCAGGAAGAGUUGUCUGGAAAUUCCGAGUUGAUACAAAAGUACAGAAAUAUCAUUACACAUGCACCCAACCUGGACAACAUUGAACUGUACUGGAACAGCUACAACAACCGCCGAGACCUGAACUUAGAGCGUGGAGGUGAUAUCACCCUCAAGUGCCCUGUGAUGCUGGUGGUAGGAGACCAAGCACCCCAUGAAGAUGCAGUGGUGGAGUGUAACUCAAAACUGGACCCCACCCAGACCUCGUUCCUCAAGAUGGCUGACUCUGGAGGUCAACCCCAGCUGACUCAGCCAGGCAAGCUGACCGAGGCCUUCAAGUACUUCCUGCAAGGCAUGGGCUACAUGGCCUCAUCCUGCAUGACUCGCCUCUCCCGGUCUCGCACAGCCUCUCUGACCAGUGCAGCAUCCAUUGAUGGCAACCGGUCCCGCUCUCGUACCUUGUCUCAGAGCAGCGAGUCUGGGGCUCUCUCUUCUGGGCCCCCAGGGCACACCAUGGAAGUUUCAUGUUGAAUGCCCCAUGCUGCCCUAGUGUGGGAUCCAGCCCACACCUCCCCCAGAACUAACCUGGGAGGUGCAGAAGGGCAUUGGGCCAGAGUACGCAAGGGAAAAUGGGCAGAUCACAUGGGAAGAUGAACUUGAUCUUUGAUUGCUACCCUAACCUUGACCUUAACCUGUGAUUCCCCUCAGCCCCUGGGAGAGGUGUUCUAAUAUCUCUGAGGGACCCAGACCCCUAAAUGAUCCUCCUCCCCCGUUUUGGAGUUGAGGUGGAGACGGCAUGUAUCCUUUCUCCCUGAUCUAGGUGUCUGUAGAUGAGGGAUAAGAGGUUGUUGUAGUUGUCAUGGUGCCUCCAUCUGACUCUCCCUACGUACCCCGUCUUUGCAAGGGGAGGGGAUUUGGGGCUGGGGCUGCAUUCACCAAAGCUGAUUUGGCUCCUCAUGAACCCUUCAGGCCUCUGAGGGGUAUGGGCCUACAUGAAUGUGUCGGGGGGAGACUUGCUGGUAGGCUAGUGGUCCUCAGGAGGUGACAGAAACAUCCAGUGUGUAAAAAGGAAGCUGGAAUGGGGGAAGGAUUGGCACUGGAGCAAGAGGAAGGGGCCUGGGCCAUUUGGCUGCACUAACUUUGGUAGCUAUCAGUGUGCAUCUAGAGUGGGCUGGGGAGGGAGCUAAGCUUGGGCCGGGUUGCUUGGGGCUUGGCAUCGAGGUGGAAAGGGCUACCCUGGGGCUCUGGCCACACUGUAUUAUGUGUGGAGGGUGCCCUCCUGUCUCCCACAACUUCUGCUGUAACAAUAAACUGUAGCGGAUCAGAGCACCACUA